ACCCCCGGCACCAUCAGCCGAUCCGCCCGCUCGAUUCCUUUUUACCCCAUCGCCCCCCGUUUUGCUUCAUCAUCGCCAACAUCGUCAACAUCAACUUCUUCACCAUCUUCGCCGUCCCCCACCCCACACACCACACACAGCAGCCUCUCUCAGCAACUCUCAGCAAUGGCGUCGGUCGUGCGAUCGACAGCCCUCCGGGCCGGUGGUGCCUGUGUGCGCUGCCGGAAGGGCAAGACCAAGUGUGUCUACGAAAACGGCAGAGCACCAUGCAAAAACUGCGCCAAGGGAAUGCACGAAUGCUAUCUCCCCUCUGAGUCCAUGGCCCAUGGUGGUCAUGGAGUAUCGCCAGCCCGGAUGCAGCACCGCAUCCGGGAGUCUUUGCCCAGCGAACGGGUGGUUUCAAGCAGCGCUGUUGAUCGCCAGGUACCGGCCGGUCCCAGUUCCAGCGUGUCGCGUCACGCCUCCGCGGCGCAUGAAAAGUACGUUUUGCUAUCUUAUCUCUCUCACACAAUUCCCUUUCUUCUGCCUGGCCAGACAGAAAGACAGACAGACAUACAUCAUCUUUGUUUGCGUGUGUGUCUUUUCUUUUCUUUUUUUUUUUUUUUCUUUGGGCUGGGUCCGGACGCAUCCGUUUCGAGCGCGUUCUUUUUUGGGCGGCUCCGGAUGUCUCAACCCGCCCCGGUUUGCUGUUUUCUAGCGUUGCCUUCUCGGAGUGGGAUGGGUUUCGCCCCAUUUUUUCCGCCCGGCCCUCAUUUCCCAAAUCAAUUUUUUCGCCUGUCCCGUCUCACCCACCCUCGGGCGCAUGGGCCCUCUUCCUGCCCCUCAGGCAAACGGAGCCCUCCCAGUGGAUGGGCUCCCCGGCUCCACAGAGACCGGAUCACCAUACCGACCGAGUUCCCAUACGGGAUCAAGUGUGUCAUCGGCCCGGAGACUGACAUAAUGUCGUUAAACAACAGACUUACACCCGAGCUCAUGACGGAAUGCGAGCGAGUCAUCAGCAAGACCCUACCGGCCUGUGUUGCCUUCCACAAGCCGACCUUUUUGGUGGCGCUCAAGAAUGCCUCGAUGGAGCCGACCAUGGUCAACGCGCUAUUGACCACAGCUGCGCGGCACUCCCCCGCCAUGAUUCGCCGGUAUGGCGGACACGGUAGCAGCAGCACUGCGGCCGAGCACUUUGCCAGCAAGACCAUCAACCUGGUGAUGCAGAAUCUGGACACGCCUAGCCUUGCUGAUAUCCAGUCCGUCUGCCUCCUGAUUCUGCACGAAUGGGGUUGCCGCAAUGCUGUUCGCGCCUACACUUAUCUCGGCCUUGCAGCUCGCAUGGCGCAGAUGUACAGGCUUGUCCACCACCACAACUCUACCAAUGAGCCGGAUCAGUUUCAGAUGGAGGAGUCUUUCCGUCGCACACUUUGGCUCAUCUACAUCCUGGAUUGCUUCUUGACCAGCAGCCCAGGACGCCAUCCAGCACUGACCCACCUUGAUGUCCAAGAUGUUUCACUGCCCUGUCUCGACAUGAAUUACAACUUUACGAGUCCUGUACAUGUUCGCACCCUCAGCGGCGCCCCCCCAGCGGGCUUGAAGGAUUCCUCUGCCCAACUCAGCGAGGUGGGCGAGUUUGGUCAUAUUGUCUUGGCCACCAAGGCCUGGCGCCAAGUCGUCGAGAUGAUGACCACCACGACGUUGGCCACCUUUUCCGAUGAGAGGUGUGUGCAGCUUGAGCAAGACAUUGAGGUCCUCAGACAGUCCCUUCCCAUGCACUUUGCCGACAAGCCCAACAACAUCAACCUCCACAUCACCAUGGGCAGCGGCUACACGUAUGCCUUUAUCCACUGCCUCUUGAACUGCGGCACCAUCUUUGUCAACCGCAGACGCAUGCUUCAGGUGGUCACGGACGAGAACUUUAGCAUCGACUUGUGGCGUGGAUCUUCGCACACUCACGUCCAGACUGUUGACAAGAUCUUUGCGGCUUCUCACAGCAUCAUCCACUCGCUGUUGGCCCUGGAAACCGGAGCUGACAAGGACAGCAUCCUGUGCUUCCCUCUGUUUAUGCUCUUUGCCGCCUUCACCGCCGGCUCAACCGUCGCAUACCUUACACUGAAGGGACUGGCCCCCGCCAACUCGAGCGAGUCCGCAUUCAACAUAGUGAGGGACAGUGUUCGCAUGUGCCAGGACGGAGCCGAAUCCUGGCCCCUGGUCAUCCCCUGGCAGCGCCACCUCUCGGUCAUGUCUAAGGUCCUUCGCGACGUGAAGAGCGCGCCACGCGACAAGGCCCGCGAAGACAGCAAGAAGCGGGCCCUCUCACCAUCUGUCAAGGACGACAAUGUCAGCCAAACCGACACGAAUCCGGACGCGAUGGACUAUGAACAACCCGAUGUGUCCGCUGCUGGCCCUCAAGCUGUCCCUACCACCGAGGGUCGGGCAAGCGAGCCCCCGGUACCCCGUAAGACCGGCAUCACCACUAUCAAUGGUGGGCCUGUUGCCGUUUCCACACCCGCCGACAGCCCGCCACCACCAGUACCAGUCGUCGCCAAGGUUGACUCCCCCUCCCCAGCCUCACCAGGCUCAGCUCUCGGUGGUGUCCAAUCGUCUAGUACCGGUCCCGAUGUUCCCGACGUGGACAUGACGGCGCUGGAGUUGUGCGCAGCGUUUGAGAGGCAGUUGCUCGAGCUGGAUGACUUGGCCGCUUUCAUGGGGGGCGGAGUUGGGAAUGCGCCGAGCUAG